AAGAAGGGGAGGAAGGUUAGGGACGCAGAGAGGGAGAGCGGUUUGCAGGAGAGAGCGCCAGGCCAGGGCUCUAGCAAGGGCUGCGGCCGGCCGUGGCUGGAGGAAGAGGGCGGAUGAGUGCUCUGCAAGAGAUAAAGCGCAAAAACCUAGGAGAAGGUCGCGUCCAGUGGGCGCCACCCUCGGCUCAGAGCCCCGGGACGUCCGGAGCGCGGGGAGUAGUCCCCGCUCCAGCCAGAAGCGAUUCCUAUGGGUAGCUUGGGACCUAGACACCGCCAUCCGUGAGAAAGCAGCUCUUUGAAGAGCAGGUAUCCUAAACCUGUAAGAAACCAGCCGUCCAAGAAGCCGUGGAUCUCAGGCGUCCCGGAUCACUUAAGACUGCACAGGAGGGUAAUAGAAAACCACGGGUUCUGAGCAGUCCGGAGCUGCCCCUUGCCCAUCCACUGGGGGACCUUCCGCUUUAACCGACGGUUGGGGAACGGCACCGUUGCGGCGGGCGCCCACAGGGACCUGGGGACGGGCGCAACCGUCGGGGGGAUACAGACCCAGACCCAAGCCGGACCACAGCAUCCUGGGCCCGCGGAGAACCGCGGGCCUCCGCCGCCAUUGCGCCCAAAAGUGAGGAGGAUUUGCUGGCCCUGGCCGCAUCGCGGCUAAGCCGCCGCAAGCGGGUGGCAGGCGCGGCCGUCGGGGUGGCCAUGGUGCUACUGCUACUGGUGGCCAUCCCGCUGCUGGUGCACAGCUCCCGCGGGCCGGCGCACUAUGAAAUGUUGGGUCGCUGCCGCAUGGUGUGUGACCCGCACGGAUCCCGAGGACAGGGAUCCGACGGCGCUUCCGCUUCCGUGCCGCCCUUUCCCCCAGGUGCCAAGGGAGAGGCGGGCCGGCGCGGGAAGGCAGGCUUGCGGGGACCCCCAGGACCCCCAGGUCCCAGAGGGCCCCCGGGAGAGCCAGGCAGGCCUGGUCCCCCGGGACCUCCAGGCCCAGGCCCCGGCGGGGCAGUGCCCCCAGCUGGCUACGUGCCUAGAAUUGCCUUCUAUGCGGGCCUGCGGCGGCCUCAUGAGGGUUAUGAGGUACUGCGCUUUGACGACGUGGUGACCAACGUGGGCAACGCUUAUGAGGCGGCCAGCGGCAAGUUCACCUGCCCCAUGCCUGGCGUCUACUUUUUUGCUUACCACGUGCUCAUGCGCGGCGGCGACGGCACUAGCAUGUGGGCCGAUUUGAUGAAGAAUGGACAGGGUCCGGGCCAGUGCCAUUGCUCAGGCGCGGACCAGAACUACGACUAUGGCAACAGCGUCAUUCUGCACCUGGAUGUGGGCGACGAGGUCUUCAUCAAAAUGGACGGCGGGAAGGUCCACGGUGGCAACACCAAUAAAUACAGCACCUUCUCGGGCUUCAUUCAUUCUACCCGGACUGAGCCGGGCACCAUCCCCCGCGCCCUCGAUCGCUUGGCUUGCCCUUCUCACUCUCUCUCACUCACCUCCUGGGGUCCUACCCAAGGCACCACCCUAACCUUUGAGAACCUGGGCCCCAGCAGGACAGACCUUCUGCUCCCUAGACGGCUAAAUAGGCGGACUUUUGGGGAUGAGGGUCCACAUGGCUGGGGAGGGGAGGAGGCCUGGCUAGAGGAGGAGCUAAGCGGCUCAGGGAGGGGACCACCCCCAUCCACAUGUGUGCCAGUGAAUCUGGGAGGUGUUGGCCCUCUCCUCUCUGCUGGCAGCUGGGGGGAAGCCUCACUAGCGAAGCUUAGAAGCCCAGAUAGUGGAAGGAAGCCCUGUCAGCUUGGGAGGGAAAGAACAAACUGGAACCCCUCUAGGUGAGAGGAGAUGCUAGAACAGGGUAGGGGCUGGUCCUCAAUAAUGAGUUUUCUCUUGCCAUGCCAUCUCCUCCUCUCUCAUCUUCAUUUUCAGGCUCCAGCUUUGGCAGCCUUCCUGUUAACUGGAGGAACCAGUGAAUUCUUUCCUCACAUUUAAAAUUCAUUUUGUACAGUCCCAUUCUACCCCUCCUCAGGGCUAGGCCCUGAGGUUACACCUGCU